AAAGCUCCUCCAUUUUCCUCUACAAAAACAACACGCUCUCUCUCUCUAGAAGCGCAAAGCAGCUGAGACACCGCAACAUAGAGGACCCGUCGUCGUCUUUGGCCAUGUUGACAUCGAUGCUCAGCUGGUUCACGCCCACCUCGCUCUUCCUCCUCCUCAACCUCAUCAUCGGCAUCAUAGUCCUCAGCUCCCGCCAUGGGACCCACAAAAGGCCUCAGCAGCAACAACAACUGCAGCAGCAAGAAGAGCAACUCGGCCUGUUCAACUCGCCCCAACUCGAACGAGCCCCCUCAUUGUUGGACCGGGUCCGGUCGAUAAACUUCUCCCACUACAAAUUCGAGCAAACGAACCCGGAAACCCAGUACGCGGCGCCACAACAUGCAAAUUUAGAUAAUUCGACCGAGUUAAACGGGACUCCCUCACACCAACCCGAAAGAAGUCCUUCGCUACUGGACCGGAUCCGCUCCAUCAACUUUUCCCACCACAAAUUCGAACAAUCCAUCAAUCCAGAACCCCAGUCCGGCGAAUCAGCAGAACAACAUCCUGGUUCGAGUCCGAAAGUCUGCGAUAGUCCGGUCGGGUUAGCUAGGACACCCUCGCUCUUGGAGCGGCUCAAGUCGAUGGAUUUCCCAUUCUACCGGUCCGAACAUGCCGAUCCAGAGAAUAAAAUUUACGAACCGGAGGAGUCCGAACGUGAGGGCCGCGACCCCAUUUCGAGACAAGAAAACUUGGUUCAUCGGAGUAAGUCGAACCCUAGUAAUGGGGCUGGGGUAAACCAGUACCAGAAGAUAAAAAAGUCUACUAGCGAGAAAUCGCGGCUCCGAGGAGGGGUUGAAGGAAACGACGACGAAAGGCCUGCGACACCUCGGAUGGAGAAAACGAGGUCGUUUGGAGGCGAUGAAGCGGUUGACGCGAAAGCUGACGAUUUCAUAAACAAGUUUAAGCAGCAGCUGAGACUGCAGAGGCUCGACUCGCUCUUGCGUUACAAAGAAAUGCUUAAAAGAAAAUAAAAAAAAAAAGUAGCCAAAUAAUAAGCAAGUUGUUUUCCUUUUUUAAAUUUAAUUUAUUGCCGUUUUUUUUUUAAUGGUUGGCUGUGGGUUUGUGAAUGUAAUGGUAUUUAUUCAGUUCUGUGGAUUAUUUUGGUAACAUGCAUUUGGUAGUAAGUUGAAGUAAUUAAUGAGUAUUUUAUGAAAUAUAUAACUAUAAA